CAAGUCUGUCACUGUAUCCACGUGAUACACCAACGCAGGUUCAGCCUGCGUCUUUCCACCACAGCCUGAUGCAGGGGGAUCCAUCAUGGCGUCGAUGCAGAAAAGACUACAGAAGGAACUCUUAGCUCUGCAAAACGAUCCACCCCCUGGCAUGACAUUGAACGAGAAGAGUGUGCAGAAUACCAUUACCCAGUGGAUAGUAGACAUGGAAGGAGCCCCAGGAACUCUGUAUGAAGGCGAAAAAUUCCAGCUGCUUUUCAAGUUCAGUAGUCGAUAUCCCUUUGACUCACCUCAGGUCAUGUUCACUGGGGAGAACGUCCCGGUCCACCCUCAUGUGUACAGCAACGGGCACAUCUGCCUCUCCAUCCUGACAGAGGACUGGUCGCCCGCGCUCUCCGUGCAGUCCGUAUGUCUCAGCAUCAUCAGCAUGCUCUCCAGCUGCAAAGAGAAGAGGCGGCCCCCGGAUAACUCCUUCUACGUUAGAACAUGUAAUAAGAAUCCAAAGAAGACAAAAUGGUGGUAUCAUGACGAUACAUGUUAAUGUUGAACUUUGUAAUACUCUUAGAAGAAAGAAGUCCUACUGACCGACGUAAGCACUUUUUAAAGAAUCAUUCAGUCUUUUUGAACUGUAAACCUUUUGAACUGGGCCAAUGGACACUCGCUGCGGAGAUCCUCCUGACUGCAACCUCCUCACAAGACAGGCAGGCAGUCGGCUGCAUGGACACAGUGGCUUCACUCAAAAUGGACGCCGAUGUAAAGAGGACGGACCGCAAGGCCCCUACCUCCCCCACCCCCGACACUUGACACUGACAUGGAGGAGGAUGUGGAUGAUGUUGAUACAAAAAGUGAUGCAGGAGGCGGGAGGAGGAUUUGUAGUGAUGGGUUACUCCUUUUACCAUUUUUGAGAGUCUUGCUCUGCUGUCUCUAGUUUUUCGUUUGGUUUUCUCUUGGUCCGGUUUGAGGUCCUCACGUUGUUGUGCAAUAAUAGCAGAGAGGGGACGAAGAGGAGGUGGAGGAGGAGGAGGAGGAGGAGGACGACGACAACGCCAUGAUGUCCACAUGUCAUCUGGAACAGGAGGCUCUUUACUACCCUACACAUGCCCCCUCUCAGCACAGCUCUGCAUCACUUUCCUCUCCUCUAACCCCUCUCCCUUCCAUCAUUUUCCAUCCCUCUCCUCUCAUCUCCAUCUCCACCCUCUCCACCCCUCUCCUCUCCAUCCCUUUUCUUGCCUCGUCUCCCUUCUCUCCAUCACCCUUCUCUCUUCAUCUCUCCAUCUCCUCUUCCCUCUCCUCUCCAUCACUCCUCCUCUCCUCUCCUCCCCACUCCUCUCCUCUCUUUGGAACAUUAUGCACUGUGAAAUAUAGUGGUACAGCUCAUGUUCUCCUGACAUGCAGUUAUAUACAAACUUCUAAUCACUUUAGUUUUGGGUCAUUAAAUUAAUAUUUAUAUGUAAUCCGCAUAAUCUGGCAUGGCAUUACUUUCCUCCUUCUUUUUUUUAUCCUUUUUUUGUUUGUUUCUCAUAAUUGCCCAGAUUAUACACUUUUUUUUUUGGUCGUUCCUUUUUUCAAUCUUUUUUUCCCCUUCAAUCUUCCAGUUGUCUCAGAACAGAGACGGCAGCAUAAAGCUUUUGAAGGCUAUGAGAAACCAAGUAGGCCAGGGGUGAGCGGCACUGCAGGAAGUGACUGUGCUCGAACCACUGAGGACCUGUAGGCGUCUUACAUAUGCCUGUGGGUGUUAUGGCCGUGGAUCCUAUAGGUCUGUAGCCUGUAACCGUGUGGGUUUGUAGGCUUUGGCCUGUUGACGUGUGGGCCUGUAGCCUGUGAUCCUAGUGGUCUAAUAGCCUGCAGGUAUAAAAGCCUGUGGGCCUGUACGAGUGGCUCUCCUUCUCACCCUCAACAUAGCCCAGACACCAGAGUGGGGGACAAGAUCACUUCAUGGAUUUUUGAAUGUCAGCAAGAGAACUUUUUUUGUGUGCGUGUGUGAAUGCGUGUUUUUUUUGUUUCCAUUUUUAUUUGUAUGAUAAGUUUUAUAUUAAGAUGUAUGCUUUAAUCUUCUAAGAUGUCUAAUUUGAAACAAAAAAGUCUUUUAUUUUGUACUGUAAGUGUGCAAGCGGAUACUUUAAAAAGGGUUAUUGAAGGGCAGUAAUCGGGGGGUUGUAAUGUCUUAUUUAAUGUUUGAAAUGUUUGAGAUUUCAUGACUAUUAGUUUAGCGUGGGAGGAGCUAUAAGGUGUAAAGGAUCCUUUUGAAAGAGAGACUGUACGGCUUGAGUGUUCUCUCCUGGUCAUACUUGUCUGGCUCAGGUACUUUUUCAAGAAGAAAUCAUCUUUAGAAAAAUUCCUAAAAAAGAUAUUUUGCAUUUAACUAUAUUUUCACCAAAAGGACUGUUACAUUGUUAAUAAUAACCGUAUGUCUGAAACUGAUGUAUAUUAAUCUUCAAAUUGCGCCUGAUAUAUCUAUAUAUCUAUAUAUAAAAAAGGUAACUUAGUUAGCAAUGAGUGCACGGUCCCUCUGUUGAUAUUUGCUGAACACACAAAAAAAAUAGAAAUUUAUUUAGGAGUCUUUGCACUUUUUGCUAAUUAGGAUUCUGUAUAGUCAUUUUUCUCAGUGUUGCUUGUCUGGUCAGAAGGAUUUUAGUUUUCUUUUUCUCCUCUUGUUUUUGUUGUUGUUUUUUGAGGCUUCAUGGCUCCAGUGGUGUGGGAUGUGGAUGGGUAAUCGGAUGUCAGCCAUGUCAAAAGCAGCUGUGCGUGUGCGUGUGAGUGUGUGUGUGCGCACGUGUGUCACCUGACUGACCGCAACACUCCAUUCCCAAAGACUUAAGUUGCCAUCCAUUCAGAAUAUAAUACUUGAAAAGCCCCCUCCGGGUUGGGUCUCGUCAGCUUCUCAACGAGUUCUUGUCGUGAUGAGAUUUUCUGUCGUCAGAGAAUGUGUUGGCACCAGUGAGAGAGAGGGGGGGCCCCUAUACUACUGGCUCCUACUGCAAGUCACAAUCCAGACCCUGUUGAGAACUCCCAAGCAUGUGUAUGUAACUUAAAAUGAACGAUGUGGUUGUCGGUCUAGUAUUGAUUUGCAGGAAGACAAUUUUGUGUGUGUGUGUGCGUGUGCGUGCGUGUGUGCGUGUGUUGCGAUGCGAAUUGGGCCUAACCUGUGCGUAGGGGGGCGGCGUAGUUGUAGCAUUCUUGCUGGGACACACCAACUUCAGAUCACCAUGGAGAUUUGCAUUAGAGCAAUCUAGACAUAAUUAUGGGAUGUGGGCUUGGGUGUCUCUUUAAUGUUCUAUUUUAUUUUAGUGAGGUUUUUUUCAUCUAUUUAAUAGAUUUCUUGGUUUGCAGAUUGUAUAAAUAAUCAAACACAUUGGUUCGCAUUUUUAUUUUUGGGGGAAUUUGUUCUGGUAUGUACAAGCUACAUGUAAGUUGUGCCUGUUAAUUUAAAUAAUAAAAGCAAAUAUUUACAAUUUAA